AUGAAUAGAUCAUUAGUACUCUUUCUAUCACUACUCUUUAUACUAGUGUUUGUGAGUCAAAGCAACCUAGUUUUGGGAGGAAGAGCAUCACCAAAGAGUAAUCAGAAUAAUAAAUACACAAAUCGACAAGUGUCUCGAGGAGCUGAUCAAGAUGAUGAUGAACUAAUCGAAUACCAAACAGUACCAUCGACACUCUACGAAAAGAUCUAUCACAACCUCUUGUCAUUCUACAAUCACCAUUCAUUCGAUGAUUUGUCAAAUGAACACAACUAUAUCAACAACAACAAAGACAAUAAUAAUAAUAAUGACAUUAGAGUCAACACUGUAGAGAAUAACAGUAAAUUCAAUGUUCAUAAGAUAUUCAAUCAAUUUAAUCAAUUUAUACAUCUUUUGUAUAACAAUAACGAUGAAUCACAACAACAACAACAAGAUGAUAAACCUAAACUUACACUUGCUCAUACUAUCGAUAUAAAGAAUAAAAAGAAGAUACAACAAAACAUCUUGAAUGCCGUUAAUAAUAUCAAUAGCAUCGAUCAUCAAUAUCAAUCAUAUUUGGAUACUGCUUCAAAAUAUUCAAAAUCAUAUCAACUUAAUAAUAAUAAUAAUAAUAACAAUAAUAACAACAAAGAGCAACAGGUUAAAACAAAGGAAAAUUCUCUUCAAUAUACUCCAUCACAAUUCUGCUCAAAUAUUGGUGUAUUAACAUAUGAUAAUCAAUUAACAAAUACAUGCCAACCAUCACAAUCUAUUCCAUGUCGUCCAGUUACAAUGGUUUGUAACAAUCAAACUAUUAAUGUUGAUAUUACAACUCCAGUUGAUAACUCUAUCGAUUAUAAUCAAUGUCAAUUAUUAGAGAUGAAAUGUCUUUCAAAUCAACCAAAUGAUAAUAUUAAUUUCCAAAACCAAUAUAAAUUAAAUUAUUGUUCAAUGAGUAUGACAUGUACAACUGGACAAUUAUGGCAAUGUGAAAUCCAAAACGUUAUUUGCGAUACCUCUACAUCAUUCAACUCACAGGUAUUUGGGUUCAAGUGUAUUAAUGAACAACUUGUAUGCAAUGGCGUUGUCAUUCCCAAGAGUCUAUACACUACAACCAUUGUACAAUACCAAAUUACAAGUGGUCAAUGUAAAGUUCAAACCAUUCCUUGUAAUCCAACUGAUGAAUGUUUAUCAUUAGAUAUUGAUUGUAAAUCACAAGGAACCGAUUGUUCAUUACAAAUUGAUCAAGAUACUGUUUGUGCAGAUUAUUGUGUCAGAAGUGUAAAUACUAGUGCAUGUGCUUGCCCAGCCGAUUACAACAGUCCAACGUGUGGCAGUCAAACCCCAUUCACAUGUAACUUGCAAACUAUCCAACCUACUCCCAACUGCACUGGCGAUAUGGUCCUCACCACUCAAAAAUGUUUCGAAUACUCAUUGUCUGAUACUGCUUCGUUUGGAUAUCUCAUGAAUUGUCAUUUUACUCAAUCUGUAGAUUCAUCCAAUCCAAAUAACUUUCCCUAUUGGAUUAAUUUACCAAAUUUCAAACUUUCAAAUCCAGUACAAUGGCAAUUAAAAACAGAUAUUAUCAACUUUUAUCAAUUGUAUACUGAUUUUGACAAUACCAGUACUACACCAAUCACAAAAGAGCAAAUGAUGGGUCAGUCAAUGCUAUGGGUCAACACGACACUCUCAUCGAUCCCAGCCAAUCGUUGGAUUUCAAAAAGAUCCUAUUUUGAAAUUGGUUUGGUAACUGGUAAUGCUAAUUUAACAAUCUCGAGAUUCUACAUCAACGCGAUCGACUAUCCCGACAACGCCAUCGUAUCACAUGUCUCAACAUGGAAAAAAACACUCAUCAUUGUCAUUUGCACCUUAGUAGGAGUUGCAUCGAUUAGGAAAAUUCAUUCUGAUUCUUUCAAUUUAAAAUCCCAAUCUACACACCCAUCCAUCAUCCAUUCAUAUACAUUACAUCACAUCCACUCAAUACCAUCAUCCGUCACCACCAAUACAUUAUAUUCAUACUUCUAUUUAUAUAUAUAA